AUGGAAGAGCUCCCGAAGAAAGAAUUCUCUGGAAGCCCUUGGGACGGUGGCCAUGAAAAAGAGCUUAAAGGCCGCAGCCCCCAGGUGAAGAUACAGGAAGAAGACGUCAGAAGUCCUGGGAAGGCGGCGGCCAUGGCCCUGUUCCUGUCGGAUGACAAAACAUGGAAACGAAUAGGAGAAAGAAAACACGAGAAAAAGCAUGGAAAUCCAGAGACAAGAGACAGAAAAGAAAGAAGUGCCGAGGAAAACAGAACCGAAGAGGAAAGCAGGCAGGCCGGACCAACUCAGCAGCUAGAAAGAUUUUGGCGCGUGAAAGACAGGAGAAACGCUGACAUUACUGAAGAUCCAGGGGAAGGGUGCAGCCAUUGGGCAGGCCCGAACACCCUUUCAGCGAAAAAGAUCACUAGGAAGGGAUCACGAAGAAACUGGGACAGAAUUGUAGCAUUUCUAAAAAAUAAAAAAAAUCAAUUCAUAACAGCAUUUAGAAGAGGCCGACCAGGCGCUACGCACACCAGCCAACAAAACACCGACACUGCCCCCUUAACAGUGGACAAAUUAAUUUUCCACUCAAUACUUGGAGAGGGAGGCUACGGAAAAGUGCUGCUGGCAACAGACGCUCUUCGCAGGGAAAGAGUGGCAAUUAAGAUCUUAAAGAAGACAGCCCUAAUAGAGAACGAGGGCAGCUUGGUCGAGUUUCGGGUCCUUCAGCUGACACAUCAGAGCAAUUUCCUUACUCAUGGAUAUGCAGCCUUCCAAACACAUCGUUAUCUAUACUGUGUAAUGGAACUGGCUAGUGGAGGUGAUCUGUUCAAAUUUUUUUUUGAGACAUCAGAGAUGGACCUUCCCACAAUAACAUUUAUAGCGGCGGAAUUGGUUUGUGGAUUACAGUUCAUGCAUUCUAAAGGAAUAAUUCACAGAGACAUCAAAAUGGAAAAUGUUCUGCUGACUGCAGACGGCCAUUUGAAGAUCACAGACUUUGGUCUAGCCCUAAUGAAUGUGUAUGGAGUAACUGAUAAUGCAGGCUGUUGUGGGACACCUGGCUAUACUGCUCCAGAAAUAAUUACCUGCCAGCCAUACAGUGCAGCUGUGGACUGGUUCGCAUUUGGGGUUAUAUUAUAUAUGCUCGCUACAGGAUCGGAGCCUUUCCCUGGAGAAUCCGUGUCAGAUAUAGCAGCAAUGAUCAUUGCAGAGGAACCCUCAUACGAAGGCCUUACUGAUGGAGUAACAAAGGACUUUUUAUCCAACCUCCUGCGCAAGGACCAGUUCCUCCGGCUUGGGGUAAAUGGCAACGUGCGAGAACACCCCUUCUUCUCUUCUAUUAACUGGGAAGAGGUAGAGAGUGGAAAAACAGCAUCCCCACUCACAGUGCUCAAGAACGCCAUGGAUCUAGAUAAACAGAAUAUUCCUGUGCCCCACAGUGACAUUUUCAGACAACCAAUUCCUGCCAUGGACCAGGGGCUAUUUGACAACAUUCAAUUUAACCUCAAUGCCGGUGCAAAGCAGGGUAGGAUAUGGUGGUACUUCACUUUAAAGUAUUAA